AGUACGGCGUCCGCGUGUGUACUGUGCGCCGCUGGAGUGGGUUAAUACGAAAAAUCGGUUUCGGACGCCAACGAAUCGCGACAGAACUGCGAUCCGCGUGGCACCGGUGGUACGUGAGUACCUCUACACACGAUAUUAUUAACGACAUAUUAAACUAUUAUAUCAUAAAUAAUAUUAUCAUCAUAGCGUACGCACGUGACGGUCCGAGGUUUCGUUUUCACCUUCGUUUCUGGUGCGAGUUUUCCUCGACAUUGUUUCCCGCCGGGAUUCGAACAGAAGAUUGUUUUUUUGAAAAAAAUUCGUUUCACUCUCACACCAUCGAGUACCGAUAUUCAAUAUAAUAUAAUAUCAUUUGAUUAUUUACGCGGCCGGGACACGACGUGAACAAAUUUUCACCUUUUUACGAGGUCACUACGUAUAUAUUUUAAAAUUAUAGUAAUAAUUGUUUAAACGUCGAACGAAUAAUAUAUGACAUCAAAUUAUUAUUGUUAACAUUAUCGUUGUAAUAUCAUCACUGUCGAUAUAUUAUCGUCAAACAGUUCUCGAUUACUGCCCUGUGCCCUCGGUGACCGCGCCACGCCGACGUCAUGAUGAUGGGUCGUCAUCGGCUGGAGCUUUUGGUGGCGACGCUAAUAAUGAUUACCUGCCGGGUGGCAGCCAGGAUUUUCGUCGAAGAUGAAGCGUAUUGGAUGUCGGUGGGCAAAAACGAGCUAGACGAAGCUCUGAACAUGGCGGCCAACAACAAGGUGGCGAAAAACGUGAUCCUGUUUAUCGGCGACGGGAUGGGACCGAACACGGUAACAGCCACCAGAAUUUACAAGCACGGCGAGAGCGGACGAUUGACUUUCGAAAAGUUUCCACACGUGGGCCUGCUUAAAACGUAUUCGGUCAACAAACAAGUGCCGGAUGCAGCGAGUUCGGCAACUGCAAUGUUCACGGGUGUAAAGGUCAAUCAGGGAGUUAUUGGCCUGGACGCCAAUUACGAAAUCAACAAUUUUACUCACUGUGGCAAUGUCAAUUCUCCGAGGACCGGACUUACGUCGUUGGCCACGUGGGCGCAAGAUGCUGGAAAAAGCACUGGGUUCGUGACCAACUCCAGAAUAACUGACGCUACGCCCGCCGCCCUGUACGCCCAGACGUCGAACCGGAAGUGGGAAUGCAACACCGCCAUGCCGCCAGGUGCGAAAAACUGCAAGGACAUUGCCAGGCAGCUCAUAGAAGAUAAACCGGGACGACAUUUUAAGGUUAUAAUGGGCGGCGGCAAGAGAUCGUUCGAAGCUAAUUCACCGCUGAACCAUAAGGAAACGGUUGAAAAAUCCUUGUGCGUGCGAUCGGACCGCAGAGAUCUGAUCCGUGAGUGGAUACACGAUAAGCAAUCCAACAACCUGUCGCAUCAGUUCUUGGCCAACGUAAACGAUAUAAAAUUAUUGGACACGGAACGAACAGAGUACAUUUUGGGGUUAUUUACAAACGGAGCAAUGCCAAUGGAAUAUACUAGAAAUAAAAAGAUGUUAGGAACCCCAUCACUAGAAUUGAUGACUGAAACAGCACUGAAAGUAAUAUCAAAAAAUGAAAAUGGAUUUUUUUUGAUGGUGGAGGGUGGAUUAAUUGAUGCAGCACAUCAUCAAAGCACAGCCAGGUUAGCUCUAGACGAAACAGUUGAAUUUGAUAAGACAAUCAAUACUUCAAUCAAAUUGCUAAGGCAGUUAAACAUGUUAGAUGACACAUUGGUGAUUGUAACCAGUGACCACGCAAACUUAUUAUCAAUUAAUGGAUAUCCAAAGCGAGGGAAUAAUAUACUUGAUGUGGCAGGAACUUCAGAAUCAGAUGAUGUUAAGUACACUACAUUAACAUAUUCCAUAGGAUAUGCUAAACAUCCAGUGUACACACGUUCUGGUAGUUUAGUCAUAAGACAGGAUCCAACUGCAGUCUCUAGCACAUCUAGUCAUGAUUAUACUCAACAAGUUGGUAUAAUGGAAGAGACGGGACUACAUGGUGGAAGUGAUGUAGCAGUAUAUGCCAAAGGACCAAUGGGACAUUUGUUUCAUUCUAUUCACGAACAAAAUUACAUUGCUCAUGCAAUAGCAUAUGCGACAAAAAUUGGUGCUUACAGAAGUGAACCAUUACUGAACAAAUCUUAUAUACAUUUUUCAAAUAUUUACCUUAUAUGCACAUUAAUUUUGUCAUUGUUGUAUAUUAAUUAAGUUACAAUAGUAUUAAGAUUUCGAUAAUAAUUUUAUUGUCUUCUAAAAAUCAUUGUUUUAUUUAUUAUUUUUAUAUCGAGGUA